AUGGCCGCACCGGCCCCAGGCAGGAUGGCCCUCCUGGGCAGACCGAGCGCCUCCUCGCCGCAGGUCCCCAGGGGAGGGCCGUGCCUCCUGCUGCUGCUCUGCCUGCCUCUGGGCGCCACGUGCCCUCAGGGCUGCCAGUGUCCCGAGCAUGCGGGGGCGGUGGCUGUGCGCUGCAGCGCCAGCGGCCUGCGGGAGGUCCCCAAGGACAUCCCCGCCGACACCGUGCUCCUGAAGCUGGAUGCCAACGAGAUCGCUCACAUCCCUGAUGGCGCCUUCCAGCACCUGAGCCGGCUCAAGGAGCUGGACUUGUCUGGGAAUGCCAUCGAGGUGAUUGGGCCGGCGACGUUCACUGGCUUGGCGGGGGCCCUGCGGCUGCUGGACCUGUCCCACAAUCGCAUCCGCAGGAUCCCCAAGGACGCCUUGGACAAACUGAGCGCUCAAGUCCGCCUGUCCCACAACCCCCUGCACUGCGAAUGUGCCCUGCAGGAAGCCCUGUGGGGGCUGCAGCUGGACCCCGACUCUGCAGACGCUAUUGCGUGUCACACUUCUGUGCGGGAGGAGUUCGUGGGGAAGCCGCUGAUCCAGGCGCUGGAUGCCGGCGUCAGCUUCUGCAGCGCCCACCACCGGACCACUGACGUGGCCAUGUUGGUCACCAUGUUUGGCUGGUUCGCCAUGGUGAUCGCCUAUGUCGUGUACUAUGUGAGGCAGAACCAGGAGGAUGCCAGGAGGCAUUUGGAAUACCUGAAGUCCCUGCCUAGCACCCCCAUCUCCAAGGACCCCAUCAAUCCAGCUCCCUAGUACCUGCCAGCACCCUAGAACCACCUCCCAAGUCUUCAGGCAAACCCACAUCCCACCGACUUCACACUUUCACUUGGUAGCAGGUUGUGAUGUGGGUUUUACCUUCUCCCCCAUGGAGGUGGUUGAGAUGGCUCCUUCCAUGUUACAUUCAUUCUCUUACAUUCAUUCAUUGAAUUCUCUUUGCAGACAGGAAACUUA